GUCCUCACUUCCGCCUGGCCUUCCCUGACGCCUAAGUCCUCUGCGAGAGUCGCCGCCGCGCUGUGCUUCUUCCUCGGGACAGUUUCCGCAGUGGCUGCGGGCCGGCAGGAUGAGCGCGGUGCGGGCGCUGCGGGUGCCGGGCCGUCAUGGCUACGCCGCCGAGUUCUCCCCGUACCUGCCGGGCCGCCUGGCCUGCGCCGCGGCGCAGAACUACGGCAUCGCGGGCUGUGGAACCCUAUUAGUGUUGGAUCAAAAUGAAUCGGGACUACAGGUUUUUAGAAGCUUUGACUGGAACGAUGGAUUGUUUGAUGUUACCUGGAGUGAAAACAAUGAGCAUGUCCUUGUCACCUGUAGCGGGGAUGGCUCACUACAGCUCUGGGACACCGCCAAACCCACGGGGCCCCUCCAGGUCUACAAAGAACACACUCAGGAGGUGUAUAGUGUUGACUGGAGCCAAACCAGAGGUGAACAGCUUGUGGUGUCUGGCUCCUGGGAUCAGACUGUCAAAGUGUGGGACCCAACUGUUGGAAGUUCCCUGUGUACCUUCACGGGGCACGAGAGUGUCAUUUACAGCACCAUCUGGUCUCCCCACAUCCCAGGCUGCUUUGCCUCAGCCUCAGGUGAUCAGACUCUGAGAGUUUGGGAUGUGAAGACCGCAGGAGUCCGAAUUGUGAUACCAGCACAUCAGACAGAGAUCCUGAGCUGUGACUGGUGUAAAUACAACGAGAACUUGGUGGUGACCGGAGCAGUCGACUGUAGCUUGAGAGGCUGGGACUUAAGGAACGUGCGACAGCCUGUGUUUGAACUUCUUGGUCACACGUAUGCUAUUAGAAGGGUGAAAUUUUCGCCAUUCCAUGCAACAGUGCUGGCCUCCUGUUCCUAUGACUUCACUGUAAGAUUCUGGAAUUUUUCAAAGCCUGAUCCGCUUCUGGAAACAGUGGAACACCACACAGAGUUUACCUGUGGCCUAGAUCUCAGUCUCCAGAGCCCCACUGAGGUAGCUGACUGCUCCUGGGAUGAAACCAUAAAGAUCUAUGACCCUGUUUGUCUCACGGUUCCUGGUUAAGAGAUGCUGCUCUGGUCAGCCACUGGGAUGUUGACUGAGGAACGGCUAAUAACAAAACGUUAACUGAAAGGAUGGAAAUUAGGCCUUUCUGUGUACUCAGAUUUCAGAAUUUUCAAACUUACAUGAAAAUCAGAUUUAAGGCAGCUGCUAAAGACAUUGUAUCAUAUUGUAAGACUGGUACAUAAGCCAUAUUUUCUGUAAUCCUAAGGAAUGAUUAUCGAUAUGCUGUAUCUUGUAAUGUCUAUUAAAGUGUUAUCUCUGUGUUGUAAAAUGGACUAAAAUAUGGGAGGUUAGUAGAUAACAUGGACAGUAAUAUAUUUCAUUUUCUAAUUGUCAUUUUCAAUGUAAAAUAUAACCACUCCUAUUGAUAAAAAUCAAAAUAAACUGCAUUUCCUGAUUGUUCA